AUGGAGCCAGGCGGACGGAGGCGGCCGCGGACGGAGCGGAUGCCGACGGGCGCCGCCGCUUUGCCGCUCCUGUUGCUGCUGCUGCUGGGCGCCGCCGCCGCCUUCCUGCCGGCUCCGGCGGCCGCCUCGGCCGAGGCGAAGGAGUGCAGCAAGCCCUGCGCCAACGGGGGGCGCUGCCAGCCCGGCACCGGCCAGUGCGAGUGCCAGCCCGGCUGGGUGGGCGACCAGUGCCAGCACUGCGGGGGGCGCUUCCGGCUCACCGGACCUUCGGGAUACGUAACAGACGGACCUGGGAACUAUAAAUACAAAACGCAGUGCACAUGGCUUAUCGAAGGAAUGCCGAACACAAUCCUCAGGCUCCGCUUCAAUCAUUUUGCGACAGAGUGCAGUUGGGACCACUUGUACGUGUACGACGGGGAUUCAGUCUACGCCCCAUUGCUGGCAGCUUUCAGUGGCCUCAUUGUACCGGAGGGAGAGAGCAACGAGACAGUCCCAGAAGUCGUGGCCACCUCCGGCUAUGCCCUCCUGCAUUUCUUCAGUGAUGCUGCUUACAACUUGACAGGAUUUAACAUCACCUACAACAUCAACGUGUGUCCCCAGGACUGUUCGGGCCGGGGGCAGUGCCGGCCCAGCAACGGCAGCGAGGUGGUGGCAUGCGAGUGCAUGAAGCAGUGGAAGGGGGACGCCUGCGACGUCCCACACUGCCCCGACGACUGCGGUUUCCCGGAGAGAGGGCACUGCAGCGGGAACGGCACCCAAGGGUGCGAGUGUCACUCCGGCUGGCAAGGUACCGACUGCUCAGUCCCAGUCCCGGCGAACGCGUCGUUUUGGACGCGGGAGGAAUUCCACAUCCCCAAACUUCCCAGAGCAUCCCAUAAAGCCGUGGCCCAAGAUGACAUCAUGUGGGUGGUUGGCGGUUACAUGUUCAAUCACACGGACGCCCAGAUGGUUUUGGCGUACGACCUCGUGACCAAAGAAUGGCUGCCUUUGAACAGCAGCGUGAACGCCGUAGGGAUCAGAUACGGACAUUCGGUGGCCCUGCACGAAAAUAAAAUCUACAUGUAUGGAGGCAAGGUAGACGAAACGGGGAACGUAACCAGCGAGCUGUGGGUCUUCCACAUUGCAAACCAGUCCUGGGUCCAAGAGUUCCCCAAAGCCAAAGAGCAGUAUGCCGUCGUCGGCCAUUCGGCACACAUCGUCACGAGGGACGACGGCAGCAUCGUGAUGCUGGUCAUCUUUGGGCACUGUGCUCUCUACGGGUACAUAAGCAGCGUGCAGGAAUACAACCUGGCCACGAACACGUGGAGUAUUUUGCAGACGGAAGGCGCUUUAGUGCAAGGAGGGUACGGCCACAGCAGCGUGUACGAUCCGAGCACCAGGUCCAUCUACACCCACGGUGGCUACAAGGCGUUCACCGCGAACAAGUACAGGCUGACGGACGAUUUAUACAAGUUUGAAAUUAACAGUCACACUUGGACGAUUCUUAAAGACAGCAAGUUUUCCCGAUAUUUGCAUUCCGCUGUGAUUAUUAGUGGAACCAUGCUGGUGUUUGGAGGGAACACCCACAACGACACGUCGAUGAGCCACGGUGCCAAAUGCUUUUCUUCCGAUUUUAUGGCGUACGAUAUAGCUUGCGAUCGUUGGUCUGUGCUUCCUCGGCCCGAUCUCCCCCACGACAUCAACAGGUUUGGACAUUCUGCUGUGCUGAACAACAACGUCAUGUACAUAUUCGGGGGCUUCAAUAGCCUGCUGUUGAGCGACGUCGUGAAGUACACGCCGGAGAGCUGUGAGGCGUACAGCAACGAAACCGUCUGCUUGCAGGCAGGCCCUGGGAUCCGGUGCGUGUGGAACGGCUCUGUCCAACAGUGUCUCCCGUGGGGAAUGGCCACGAAGUACCAACAGCAAAAGAUAAUCGAGGAAUGCCCCUCCUCGUCAGUUCCGGACCAAGAGAAGUGUGAUCAGAUCACAGACUGCCACAGCUGCACGGCAAACACCAACCGGUGCCACUGGUGCACCGACCAGUGCAUCUCAAGGAACAGCAACUGCUCGGAAGACCAGACCCCCGUCACCGACUACGUCAAUUGCUCCAAGGAUAUCCCGACGUACGUCUGCAACAAAAAGUCGAGCUGCAAGAGCUGCACGCUGGACCAGAACUGCCAGUGGGAGAGCCGCAACCAGGAGUGCAUCGCCUUGCCCGAGAACAUCUGUGGGGCAGCGUGGCACUUGGUCAGCAACGCUUGCCUGAGGAUCAUGAACACGAAAGACACCUACGACAACGCGAAACUGGCGUGCAGGAGUCACAGUGCAGCUCUGGUGUCACUCACCAGCCAGAAGAAGGUGGACUUUGUUAUCAAGGAGCUCCAAAAGACCCAGUCCUCGCCCAAAGCCUUGACGCCCUGGGUUGGACUGAGGAAGAUCAACAUAUCUUACUGGUGCUGGGAAGAUAUGUCUCCUUUUACGAACACUUCGCUCCAGUGGCUGCCGGGGGAGCCAAGCGACAUCGGGUUCUGCAGCUACUUAGCGGAGCCAAGCAAUCAAGGGCUGAAGGCGGCCACGUGCAUCAACCAGGUCAACGGCAGCGUCUGUGAAAAGCCUGCAAACCACAGCGCCAAGCAGUGCCGGACGCCCUGCGCCUCGAGGACGGUGUGCAGCGAGUGCACCAGCAGCAACCCCGAGUGCAUGUGGUGCAGCAACAAGAAGCAGUGCGUGGACUCCAACGCCUACGUGGCCUCCUUCCCGUACGGCCAGUGCAUGGAGUGGCACACCGCCAGCAACUGUCCGCCUGAAAACUGCUCCGGCUACUUCACUUGUGCGCAUUGUCUGGAGCAGCCCGGCUGCGGCUGGUGCACAGACCCCAGCAACACCGGGAAGGGGAAGUGCAUCGAAGGCUCAUCCCGGGGUCCGAUGAAGAUUCCCACUCCCUCUCCGCCACCCACGGGGAAAUCCUACCUGAAACCAGACGUCAAUGCCAGCAUGUGUCUCGCCGCCAACAAUUAUACCUGGUCCUUUAUUCAUUGUCCAGCUUGCCAGUGUAACGGACACAGUAAAUGCAUCAACGAGAGCGUCUGCGAGAAGUGUGAGAACCUGACCACCGGCAAGCACUGUGAGACCUGCAUCUCUGGUUACUAUGGAGACCCCACCAACGGAGGGACCUGCCAACCUUGCAAGUGUAACGGCCACGCCUCGAUCUGCAACGCAAACUCAGGGAAGUGUUUCUGCACCACAAAAGGAAUCAAAGGAGAGGAGUGUCAACUGUGUGAGGUUGAAAACCGAUACCAGGGCAACCCUCUCAAAGGAACGUGCUACUACACCCUCCUUAUCGACUAUCAGUUCACCUUCAGCCUCUCCCAAGAAGAUGAUCGCUAUUAUAUGGCCAUCAAUUUUGUCGCCACGCCUGACGAGCAAAACAGAGACCUGGACAUGUUCAUCAACGCUUCAAAGAACUUCAACCUCAACAUCACCUGGUCAACAAGUUUUGCAGCUGGCACUCAGGCAGGGGAGGAGAUUCCUGUGGUUUCCAAGAGCCAGAUCAAGGAGUACAAAGACAGCUUCUCCAACGAGAAAUUUGAUUUCCGCAACAAUCCCAACAUCACUUUCUUUGUCUACGUCAGCAACUUCACUUGGCCGAUAAAGAUACAG